UCUGCGCUUGCGCGGCAAGGAAGCCUCACUUCCGGCCUUGCGCGCCCAGGGUCUGAAACCUGUGGUCGCCAGACCGUCACCAUGAAGUUCAACCCCUUCGUGACCUCGGACCGCAGCAAAAACCGCAAACGUCACUUCAAUGCCCCCUCCCACGUGCGCAGGAAGAUCAUGUCGUCUCCACUCUCCAAGGAGCUGCGGCAGAAAUACAACGUUCGCUCCAUGCCCAUCCGCAAGGACGACGAGGUCCAGGUGGUUCGAGGACACUACAAAGGUCAGCAAAUUGGCAAGGUAGUCCAGGUGUACAGAAAGAAAUAUGUCAUCUACAUCGAGCGGGUGCAGCGUGAGAAGGCUAAUGGCACAACUGUCCACGUGGGCAUUCACCCAAGCAAGGUGGUUAUCCCCAGGCUAAAACUGGACAAAGAUCGGAAAAAAAUUCUUGAACGCAAAGCCAAAUCUCGACAAGUUGGAAAAGAGAAAGGCAAAUAUAAGGAAGAACUUAUUGAGAAAAUGCAGGAAUGAAUAUAACCUUUUGUGCAACCACGGUUUACCUGUAGAUUCUUUUGCCUGGUGUGUAUUCCUUUGAAACUUUUCCAGGUGUCUCUGGAACGUUUCAUUUCCUUCCUAUUUCGUUAUUGAUAUGUGGCUCUGUAUAUCUACUUUUGCUGUUUCGAUUAAUAAUUUUAUGAAUAAAAAUUGGACACGUUUUCUUGUUCCAAAACAUAUUUAUUGCCUUUUAGAUAAAAUCCAUCUUACUUUCAA